AUGUCUCAAUGUCCUCCAGGGAAGGUGCGCUGUGACAGUGGCGUUUGCAGAGAUAAUGUGGACGAGUGUAUUGUGAAAGAGCCUUGCCCUGCUGAUAAGCCGUUACGGUGCAUUGAUGGGUCCUGCUCAUCCAUGGUGGAUGUGAGUUGCCAGAGCAUUGUGACCUGCCCUCCUCACUUCACCCUCACGACCGAUCACCGAUGUAUUCCUGAUUCACUCCGCGAGUCGUCCCUGGUGAGCAGCUCGGGCACGUGCCCCUCAUUCAUGGUGAAUUGUCCGGAUGGCUCGUGCGCUCUUACCGAAUUCUUGUGUGAAAAGGCCACCGUCUGUCCGUAUGGAUUCGUUCUGUGUCCUGAUGGGUCUUGCAGAGCGCAUGAGAUGAUGUGUCCAUCAGAUAAGGACUAUUGCUUGCCUCCGAUGAUCCAAUGCCCCACCAAAGAAUGUGUGAAGCGCCCUGAGGAUUGCUCGCAGGGCAUCGUGUGUCCUCCCGACCGCCCUGUGCUAUGCUAUGAUCGUUUCUGCUAUGCUUCGAUGCGAGAAUGUCUCUCUGUAAUGAUGGGCGAUGCUGUGCUCUAUUUCAAUGCGUCCAAGCCUCCCCAGUUCUUCGAUCGUAACACGUUGGCAAGUAACGACUCGGGCAUGAUUGUGGAUCCCGCGAUUUUGGAGCUCAGCAUGACUUGCCCUUACGCUUAUCCAUAUUACUGCAAGAGUACUACCCAGUGUGUAGCCUCCAUGGAUGCGUGUCCGCAUUAUCCUCCCUGCCCUUCUUCUUAUCCCUAUCGAUGCUUUGAUGGACGAUGCGUAGCUUCGGAGAUUUCGUGUCCCAGCUUCAAUGAGUUCACGAAUGUCACGCGAUGUCCUCACAGCUGGGUCUAUUGUCGCACAAUGCACAAGUGCGUGAAGAACAUGCGUCAAUGUCCGAUUCUUCGUGUGUGUGCCUCGAACGAGUUCCUCUGCAGUGAUGGCUCCUGUGUCUCUAUUAUUGGCUCUCUUCUGCCUCGUCCGCAGUUUAUUUCUGAAACGAAUGUGGUUGGGAAUCUGUGGUACACCUUCUUUUCGCGAUACGAUCUUUACUCCUAUAUGAAUUCCAUGAUUACAACACUCGUAGAGCAAUGCGUUUUUGAAGGAAAAUGGGAAUUGGCCUGGGGGCAGAAUAAGAAUGAUAUCAGGGAUGUUCUCUUCUUGCAAGAUGUCACGACCAGCAUCCAGCAGCGCUGUGAAAAACAGUAUAAUCGAUAUCCCUGCACGGAACCAUCGAUUGAGUCUAUUCUGGUGAAUCAAUGUUCAUCUGAUCAAAAGCGGUGCAUUGAUGGUCGUUGUGUGGGACUGAAUGAAGCGUGCCCGUCUGUCACGAUCUGCCCACGCGAUCGACCCAUUCGCUGCAUGAACAACCAAUGCGUAUUCUCUCCAAGCCAAUGUGAAAAGGAAACUCAAUGUCCUGGCAAUACAGUUCUGUGUGAAGAUGGGUCUUGUGCAUCAUCACCCAACCUUUGCUCAUCCAUUCAUUGUCCUGUGGACCUUCCUAUUUUGUGUUGGGACCAAAGCUGUCGUCGCAUUCCUGAGGAUUGUCCCAAGAUGCAAAGUUGUAGCGAUGGCUUGUUCUUCUGCAGCAUCACUGGAAGAUGUGUAUAUGACCGAACAACCUGUUCAUCAAGUACUCUCCUGCAUUUUGACUUUGACAUAGAUUCGCUAAACGUCACAGAUGAAAAUCGCUCCGCUUUCGACUUUUGCUUUGGGAAGUAUUUAUGCGAAGACGGAUCGUGUCGUGAGUCUCCGUUCGAUUGUCCAGAGUUACAGUGUCCAUUCACAGCUCCCCAUCGUUGUAACAAUGGCUUGUGUGUGCACUAUGAAUGGGAAUGUCCCGAAAUGAUAGGAACGUCGCCUACAGAGAGUAGUUUAUACCUAUGUUCCGAUCAGUCCAUUGUGACCAAUCCAAAGGACUGCCCCUUAUCCUACUAUUGUCCGGCUCCCUAUCAUCGAUGUCAAAACGGUUUGUGUGUGCUUUCACUGUCACUCUGCCCGGUGACCGCCACGCUUAUCGAGGGUGCGGAAGCCUUGAACUCGAACCAUCCUUCCUUACAAUUCCUGAAAGAGAGUGUGAAUGACUUUAUAACAAACGAGUUUAUUGCGAAUGGAAACUCUACUUGUACCCACUCUGCACCAUUCUUGUGUGCAACGGGCGAAUGUGUCACCUCCUAUUCGUACUGUCCAGCCAUUCGUCCUUGCUCUUCUGUGUAUCUGAAGAAUGGAGACUAUCGUUGUCCGGACCGUAGCUGUAUCACAGACACGCAUUUCUGUUUCAACAUAACUGCGUGCCCUUCUUCUCUGCCUGUAAUGUGCUUAUCCGGACCCUACAGCGGAAUGUGUGUAAGUGAUGAAGGGCAGUGUUUGGGUGAGAAUGGCUGCCCAUUGUCCUCGCCGUACCGUUGCCUGAAUGGGCAAUGCGCCACUUCCCAAACAGCUUGCAUGGUUGUUUCUUCGUCCAAUGGUUGCCCUGCAUCCACUCCUGUUCGAUGCAACAAUCAUCAGUGUGUUGCUUCGAUUCUGGAUUGUCCUCUUGUGAAUGGUUGUUCUCCGGCUACUCCUUUCAAAUCACGGAGUGGAAAUUGCUGUGCUUCUCCCGAAAACGACCCCUUGUUCCAAAACAACACAAAAACAGCAUCCUGCUCUUCUGCAACGCCUACUCGAUGCUGGGAUGGAACGUGUGUUGUGUCUCCUGGAUAUUGUUCUUCCAUCUCUGGUUGUUCUCUCUCAAAUCCGAUUCGUUGUGCAUCCGGGGAAUGCGGAACUUACCCACACCAGUAUGCUAUGGAGCCGUUUAUUGGAUCGAUUUCUGGAAGUUGGAUCGAUGAAAAGAUCUACGAUCAGAUCAUGAAUGACGUUUGUCAACCCACUCCUGUUUGUCCUCCUGAUCUCCCCUAUCUUUGCUCAGACAUGUCCUGUGUCUCUGAUUAUUCCAUGUGCAGACCUUGUAAGCACUGCAAGAGGGGAAAUCGUGAUUGGUCUCUCUGCCCAAGUUCGCGUCCAAUCUAUUGUGAAGACGGUUCGUGCGUGUCCAAUCAGGGAGACUGCCGAAAUUUCAGAAAGUGUCCAGCUAGUGAACCCUACGAGUGUUUCAAUGGACGAUGUGCAAGAUCGCCCUUGUUCUGCUUGUAUCAUUCUCUUACCGAUAUGGAGCUUGUAUAUGUCUCAAUUCCAUCGGAGUAUUCGAUUUCGCUCUCCCCACCUCGCUCUUUGGGUGAAAUGAUUGCCGAUUUUUUCUUCUGGUGGCGUGAGGAAGAGAGCAACGAGCAAUCAAGUCCCUAUUCUUUUGCUAUGUGUUCCAAUGGAAUGUUCCAAGACGCAGAGUAUUGCUCCCUCAUUCCUCCUUGUCCUUCUCACAAUUCGAAGCGGUGCUAUUCCGGUGAAUGUGUACCGUUGGAUACGCCUUGUAGCAAUAAUCUCUUUGUGACCUUCCAAGACUAUAUGGAUGUGGUUCCAUUGUCCGCCUACAUUCGACCCUAUUAUUCUGUCUCAAGUCAUGAUGAAGUUCGUCCAGUGUGUCUAUUUGGACAGCUCUGCCCAGAUGGAUUGUGCAGACCCUCAUGUCAGGAAACGAUUGGAUGUGGUCUCAAUCGAGUCAUGUGUCCGGAUGGGUUGUGCGUGGAUCUAAUUCCUGGGCAUAAUGAAACAGAGCUAUGUUUGGGGCAUGGAAAUUGUGAUGACGACAAAGUUCGCUGUUACUAUGGCAGUUGCAUGGAUUCUCUCAGCGACUGCAGCGAAUAUCAUUUCACGAAUUUCAUUGCGACUGAAGCGUUAAUCCAUGUAACGAUGCAGGACGUAUCCAAUGUAUUGCUGUAUACGACGAAUCAUGACUUGUAUGGUGAGCUGGAGAUUGAUGCCAAGCAAUAUCUCUACACCAACAAACCCUUCUUUGUCCAGAUUACGCCGAUUUCGGCGGAAGAUUUGUCUCAACAGAAGGUCGUGAUUGCAAGGGAAGAACGCGCCAAGGAGCUGCAUCUGAACUCCAUUGAGAGCGCUGUUCUGUUCUCCAUGUCGCCUGCCAUCCACAUUCGCUUCAUCUCGAUCGACAACACCACGAAGAUUACUCAGUUGGUGUAUCCGAUGCGGCUUUCUCUCUGGACAAAGAGUGUUGUGCGGUAUUUGCCGGCAGUUGUAUAUGACAACUCGAUUUAUUAUGAUCCAUUGGACGUACAGAAAAGCGAAAUUUGCCCUGCUGUGUGCAUUGGCGAUACUUGGAGUUGCAUGAAUGAAAAUGAUUAUGUUAUUGAGGACGGGAUGUAUUUGAUUCGUGUCGAAAACGAGAUGGAUAUCAUGCUAAUGGUGAGUCCCAAAGAACCGAUGAACACACAAGAGACAGAAAUGGGAACAGUGGUAGAAGUGUUCACUGAAUACCUAAUCAAGUCGCUGAUGAUCACUCUUCCCAUCAUUUUUAUUCUGCUGAUUGCGAUGGUAUUUAGUUUGCGAUGGCGAUUGAAGUGGGAACUCUCAAAGGAGAGCUACAAAACGUCUCGAAUCCGAACCGACAAGGAAGCUGUGUUAUUAAAGGAAUCGUCCCAUACAGGCGAUUGGCUGCAAAUUGAAAGAGAUGUAAAGGGUCAGAGCAAUACAAACCCGUUGGCUAUGCGACGAAUUAUGAAGAAUAUGUUUAAUAGCCAGGUAACUGAAGCCCAAGAGAUAGCGAAGCAUAACGAAGAGAUCAUUGCCGAGUUGACGGAAGAAAAGAAAGCGAUUAUGGUAGGUACUCUGUUUUGGAAUGAAUGUGUAGAAGGAGAUUGA